AUGAGCGACAACUUCCCGAAGCUCCAGGUGCUCCACCGCACCCGAAAGGAGAAGCUGGACUCCAGAGCCGCAGUUGUCGAUGCAGUAGAGGCAGAUCUAAAGAAGUGUGUUGAGCAGAUGCAGUUUUGGUUCGAUGAGGCCUGGCAAGAGCUGAAGACUAGCCGGGAGCAGCUGGGCCAACUUUGGGACAAGCUUCUUUUGAAGCAGUCCGACGUUGAGAAGGCACAAGAGGAGGCUGCUCAACAGGCCACCAAGCAAGAUGCCCAGCUAAGGGAACGCCGCGUCCUGCUUGAUGCUCACGAAGAGGACCUUGCCGCUCACGAGGAAGCACUUGCCGCCAAGCUCCGCGGCAAGGAUGAAGAAGUUGAAAAGCUCGUCGCGCAGCAGACCCAAGGGCUAGAGCAGGAGCACAAGGAAGCGUUUGAUGCCCUGGUGCUAGACCACGUCGGCAAGCUGAAGGAAGCUGUCAAUGCCGCCGAAGCUGCAGAGGCCACCAAGAAUGACCUGGCCGGGAAGGUGGGGAAGCUAGAGGCGGAUCUGGAGAAGCUCGGCAAGGAGAUCUCGACGCUCAAAAGCGACAGAGAGAAAACCAUGUAUACCUUGGCAGAGUUGCAAACUACCAUCUCCAACAAGACCCAACAGCUCUCCUCCGCCAAUGACACCAUUGGCGAUCUAAAGCUGAAGCUGACCACUCUGAAGGAGUCCCUUGAGGGCAGCAGGGCUCGUGAGAAGACCCUGGCUAAGGACCUCCAGGAGGAGAAGCAACUGCUUGAGAGUGUCGCUGCCACCUACAAUGAUUAUGUGAAAGGCGUGGGGAUCUGGACUGAGCACCUCAUCGACGUCGCAGAGAGGCUCACCAAACAACUGUCCAUCAUGGGCCUGUCGAAUUUCAGGUUUCCCCACAAGGAGAUGGUGACUUCGAGCACCAGACAGACCAUGUUCUUUGAGGCCCUCCUGGAUGCCCUGAAGCUGCUCCACUCCAGCCGAGCAACCUAG